UACCAGGCUUGGAUUUCAUAACCCCGCCCACAACCAGGGCAUCGCUCUGUGACCUGGUUGUGAUGGAAACGGCGCCGUGGCCUUGACCUCAUAACCUCGAGGCUGCCCGAAGGGGACCGGGCACAAGCAAGAAGAUGUCAGAAAAUCUUUAGUUUCCCCUUUAAUGGAAGGCGUUUGUGGUUCCACGGUGCAUGUCAGAUGUUGCCAUUAUCAUGUCGAGAUGAUCAGACAGCCGGGAGGAAGGAAGUGAGGAUCUUCAAAACACUGUCAUGAAAACAGUGACUGUAUAGUAAACCUCAGAACUUUGAUUACAUGUACAGGGUGACCCAGGAGAGAUGUCCCUGUCACCAGAGGAACUUUUUGAUAUUGCCUGGGAAGAAAAAUCUGAUGAGCACAUGACUCCGGAAUCACUGGUGGAUCAUUCAGAUGCCCAUUUGGUGUCAGAAGACUCUCCGCUACCUCCUUGCCCAGACUGCGGUCGAACAUUUCAAACACUGCGAUCACACAACCUCCACCGUCGCAACCACGCAGCUGACCUUUCAUACACAUGCGAAAACUGCGACGUGGCCCGUGCAAGAGCCAUUGAGGGUAGUGAUAAACCCUAUUCCUGCUCUGACUGUGGGCGCCGCUUCUGUUGGCUGCUGGCUCUGCACAGUCAUCAUGAGCAGCAGCACACCGGCCAACGUGGCUACCAGUGUUCACAGUGUGGUAAGAAGCUGCCCAGCCAACCAGCCUUCCGUAGGCACCAGCAGGGUCACCGCAAAGACAGAGUGUGUGUAUGGUGUGGAAAGGCUUUCAACUGCUCCGCUAAGUUGUCAAGGCACAUGCGAAUUCACACUGGAGAAAGACCUUAUCAGUGCCCAGAUUGUCCAAAGGCAUUCACUCAGCUGGAGACAUUGCGCGUUCAUCAAUGGGUGCACGAAGACCCAAAACCUUACCAAUGUCAGGACUGUGGACGCAGAUUCCGAGCCCAGCACACCUUUGAAAAACACAGGAAUAUGCACAUUUCUCGCAAACCACAUGCAUGCCCUGUAUGUGGCAAGACUUUCUUUUUUUCAUCACGCUAUAAACGUCAUCUACGCAUUCACACCGGCGAGAGACCUUUCCAGUGCCAGCAGUGUGGCAAGAGCUUUAAUCAGCGCUCCAAUUACCAGCGCCACCGACUAAUACAUGCUGGAAAGAGACCUUUCCCUUGUAACUUAUGUGAUAAGAGCUUUAGUCAGGCAUCCAACUAUCGACGACAUUUACAGACCCACAAGAGAGAACGAGGUGUAUGGGGAGAAGAGGGGGACGAGGAAGGAGAUUAUACCUGUACAGAAUGUGGAAGGCGAUUUACACAGGAGGAAAGCCUGCACAAACACUAUAUUCAACAUGCUAGAGGGGAGCUGUGAACUAUCAACCUUGGGAUGUGUGGGAGUAGCGAUAUAUAUUCCUACAUCAAUGUAUAAAUGUAAUAUUGCACAGUGUAGUGUGUAAGGCAAGGAACGCUAUUUGGACCUCUAAUGCUAGCAACUCCAGCCCUUGGUGUUGUAAGUUGUAGUUCAACAGCAUUUGGAGGGCUACGACUUGGGGAACUGUAGUGAAAACAAAAAAUGUAUAUAAGCUUCAGCAUACUAAAAUAAGAACCUUUAUAAAUACAAC